AUGAGGUCAGGAAGGGACGUGCGACGCACCUCUUUCCCUCUGCCUACGCUCAUGCUAAGCGUGAGAACAAAAAAUGUACGAUGCACCGAGAAAUGCAUUAUCAGGAUAUCUAUGCAUGAUAAUAUGAAAUUACAGCUAUCUGUGGACGUAGUACUAGAAGCCUCCAUAUCACAAAACAAACAGGUGACAAGAUUCCGCAUAGUUUGCUUAUGUGGUGCUCCCACUGAGGAGCGCUUGCCUAGUCCUUAUCUUCCCGGUUCUGUAGGCUACAAUAGCGAUCAUAAAUCAACCACUGAUUGCAUUGCACUUCUAUGCAACCCACGUGACCAAAAAUGCACUAUAUCUAAAAAGAAGCAAAAUCUUCGUCCGUUGAAUGCGGCAGGGUUGAAUGCUGCGGCCAAGAGGCCGGAACCUCAGUGCAUGGCGCUGCGAGGCGUUAUCGCCAGACCGUUUUUCGGCAUAAAUAAGACCGAUAAUGGCCGCCAGCCGCCGUGCGCUAACACACAUAUCUUACCGCCUCGGGAAAGUUUGGAUGUUGCAGUAAGUAUAUUAGAUAAUACGUUGUCCAUCUUAGCACCGUCUAAUGAAUGCAUCUUGGUACUUGGUGACCUCAACGUUAAUUUCUUUAUUGAUAAUAAGAUUAAUCAGUGCUUUCAAUCUUACAGCCUGCACCAGUUAUUGAAUGAACCAACUCGAAUAAUUGAUCAUUCUUCAACGCUUUUGGAUCCGGUUUUCUUCAACUGUGCACAAAGAUGUUCCAAAUUCCGUCUUGUCGAUAUAUCUACAGUAUUGGAUGCUAUUCGCAGUAUCAAGUCCAAUUCUAGUGAUACGCCUCUUUGCGGUAACCUUGACAGUUACAAGUUACAAGACUAG